AUGGGUGAAAUGGAAGAUUUUCCGUAUGAAUUCACAAAACCUCUACUCCUAUGUUUCAAUUUACUAAAGAGAUGCAAUAUCGGAUUUUUCGAUGACAACGUUCCAUUUUUACAAAAAUACUGGCGUUCCUUCUUUAUAGUUCCAUGCGUUUUAAUACAUUACAUUUCAACAACUAUAUAUGUUAGUCGUGUGUUUACAAGUCAGAUCAAAAUAUCGGAGCUGGCUUACAUGGUUCCUAUUUUCUUGAUUUUAACUCAAGGAUUCUUAAAAGCUGCUGUUAUUAUACCGAAGAGGGAUAAAGUUGCUAGUUUGGUUAUAAAUCUUGGAAAGUUGUGGAAGACUGACAAUCUAAGUGAUAUCCAACUGAAGAAGAAAAAUCAACUGCUGAAGAGACUGAAUUGUUUCCAUGCAGUAUUUUACUGGGGCAGUUUAAUCGCAACAUCCCAGAAUAUGUUGGCACCUUUACUAUUGACGCUGCUUAAACGAUUCGUCCUUCAACAAGACACGAAAUUGUUAUUGCCCUUCGAAUAUGUGUAUCCCUUCGAUCCUUUGAAAAAUUGGUUUCGUUAUAUUGCGGUGUAUAUAUUUCAAUCAUUUGCAAUGCUGUCAGUGAUUUUUCACUAUAUAGGCACAGAAUUUGUGAUCAUAACAAUCUGUGCUCAUCUUAGCACAGAAUUUGCUCUUCUCCGAGAAGAUCUUAGGCAGAUCAUACCUAGAAAAAACCAACCUGAUACCUUAAUGGCGAACGAUGAUGAUGCAAUAAGGAAUUUUAUACAGAAUCACCAAAAACUGAUCGAAUUAACGGCCUCUUUAAAUCACAUAUUUAAUCUAAUGGUCUUCAUUGAUAUGUUAUUUGUCACAGUGAUUAUGUGCUUCUUCGGCUUGGGCGUCACGGUAGCAUAUGCCGCAGUGGACAUCGCCAAUAAUUUUAUAGCCGUAUUGGCUCUAUUGCUGCCAAUUUACAUACUUUGUUACAACGCGGAAAUACUGAAAGUUGAGAGUUCGGGAAUAGCAGAUUCUGCAUAUGAAACUUUAUGGUAUAAUGGCGAUACACAUUAUCAGAAGACUAUCCAGUUUAUUAUUGCAAGGUCUCAACGGCCUUGCUGCCUGACUUCUUUGAAUUACGUUUCGAUAACUCUGAAUACAUUCACUAAGGUCGUAAGUACAACUUGGUCCUACUUCUCCUUAGCAAGAAGUCUGUAUUCCGAUAAAAUCGAAUAA